CCAUCCCCCUCCCCCCCCAGUCCAUCCCCCCCUCCCCCCCCCAGUCCAUCCCCCUCCCCCUACCCCCCCAGUCCAUCCCCCUCCCCCCCCAGUCCAUCCCCC